CGGGGCCUCUGAGGGCGAUGGGGGGGAGCUGCUCCUGGGGGGCAUCGACGAGGGGCAGUUCCAGGGCCCCCUGCGCUGCAUCCCCGUCACCCGACGGGGCUACUGGCAGAUCCACAUGGACAGGCUGUCGGUGGGCUCCGCGGGCUCCGUGGGGUGCCGGGACCCCCCCGUGUGCCGGGGGGGCUGCGAGGCCAUCGUGGACACGGGCACGUCCCUCAUCACCGGCCCCAGCACCGAGGUGGCCGCCAUGCAGAAAGCCCUGGGGACCCUCCGUGUCCCCUCCCCCCAGUACACGGUGGACUGUGACAAGGUCCCCUCCCUGCCCAACGUCACCUUCGGGCUCGGGGGACAGGACUUCACCCUGGGACCCCAGCACUACACCAUGCAGGUGUCCCAGUAUGGAUCCCCCAUGUGCAUCCUCGGGUUCAUGGGGCUGGACGUGCCGGCCCCGGCGGGGCCGCUCUGGAUCCUGGGGGAUCUGUUCCUGGCCCGCCACUACGCCGUCUUCGACCGCGACCACAACUGCGUGGGGCUGGCACCCAGCAAGUGA